AUGGAUGCCCAGGCAGCUACCGAGCCCAGAACUCAUAGCGACUACACUGUGGGAUGGGUCUGCGCUCUGCCCAAAGAACAAACCGCGGCGACAGCUAUGCUAGAUCACAAGCAUGUCGAUCUUCCGAAACCACCCAAUGAUCACAAUACGUAUACCCUAGGAUCCAUCGGCAAUCAUAAUAUCGUCAUAGCCUGCCUGCCUAAAGGCGAGAUCGGAACAAAUUCGGCGGCGACUGUCGCGACCUCGAUGGCCAACGCCUUUCCGUCCAUUAAGAUCGGUCUAAUGGUUGGCCUCGGCGGCGGUAUUCCACCCAAGGUUCGGCUUGGCGAUGUUGUGAUCAGCUCACCAGUGGGCCAGUAUCCUGGGGUGGUUCAGUGGGACUUGGGCAAGGCGAAAGAAGGGGGCAAGUUCGAGCGGACUGGGUCGCUAAACAACCCACCUGCCUCGCUCCGCACUGCCUUAACGAAACUGGAGACCGAACAUGAAAUGAGCGGAUCUAAGAUACCUCAGUAUCUAGAGGAUCUAAAACGCAAAUGGCCAAGGCUGGCGCUGAAGUACGCCAGCCGUGAUCACCUUGAGGACCCUUUCGGCGUACCGGACGAUCCACCUCGCAGCCAAAAAGCAAUCCAGGGCCUUCCUUCCAUGGAGUCUGGGGCCAAGCAAGUGGAUGAAUACUGCGACGCUACGUUCCGAGAUAGGCUCGACGAGGAGUUUGGUGGCUAUGUUCUCUGCGUCGAAAUGGAAGCGGCGGGACUAAUGAACAACUUCCCGUGCAUUGUCAUCCGAGGCAUCUGUGACUACGCAGAUUCGCACAAGAAUAAAGAUUGGCAGGAGCACGCGGCAGCCGUAGCUGCAGCAUUUGCGAAGGAGCUUUUGCAAUAUGUUAGUUAUUCUCCGGUCGGGGUCACUGUAUAUGUUUUAAUAAUAGGUGUAGUUCACAAAGAGAUAUCCGCAACUCGAGAAGACGUCACCCAGAUCAAAUCCAAAUUUCAGAAAGAGGAAGAUAAAGAAGUCCUCGACUGGCUCACGACAAUCGACUACGGUCCGCAGCAAAGCGACUACCUUAACAGACGGCAACCAGGAACCGGGCAAUGGCUCCUUGACUCAGAAAAGUUCAAGGGUUGGCUGUCCGCCAGCAAUCAGACACUCUUCUGUCCAGGUAUCCCCGGGGCGGGAAAGACGAUCUUAACGUCAGUCGUGCUUGACCACCUCGGUUCCAAGUUUCACAACGACCCGAAGAUCGGCAUCGCAUACAUUUACUUCAAUUUCCAGCGGCAAGACAAGCAGAAGAUUGAUGACUUGCUGGCGAGUGUGCUGAAACAGAUAGCCGAGAGCCAACCCUCUGUUCCAGGAAGCGUCAAAGAUCUCUUUGACAAGCAUAAGGCCAAGCGGACGCGGCCAUCACUUGACGAAAUCUUGAGAGUUCUCCAGUCCGUGGCGGCGACGUGUUCGUGUGUCUUUAUCGUUGUUGAUGCACUUGACGAAUGCCAAACAUCCGAAAGCUGCCGGGAGAGGUUUCUCUCCGAGCUUUUCAACCUACAGAAAAUGCAUGGAAUAAAUAUCUUUGCGACAUCGAGGUCUAUCAUGGAGAUUGUUGAUCGCUUCAAAACCAGCAUAUCACUGGAGAUCCGUGCAAGUACCGCCGAUGUGGCACAAUAUCUAGAAGGUCACAUAUCGGAGUUACCAUCUUUCGUCCAACAGGACCGGCGGCUGCGAGAAGAGAUUAUGGCGGGGAUCUCAGAAGCCGUCGAUGGAAUGUUUCUCUUGGCACAAAUCUAUCUUAAUUUGCUUUAUGAUAAGAUGACACCGAAUGAUAUUCGAAGCACAUUGGAAGUCUUCCGGAACCAAGGGCAAGGCCGAGACGAGAUCCAGAAGGUCGGGGCACUAACCAGUGCGUACAACCAAGCAAUGAUGAGAAUCAAUGGGCAGAUGCCGGGUUGCAAGAAGCUUGCGAUGGAGGUUCUGACAUGGAUCACGUGUGCGAAGAGACAGCUUACCACGUUAGAACUCCAGCACGCCCUCGCAACCAAGCCGGGAAAGUCCGAGCUUGACGACGGAGACUUGCCAUGCAUCGGAGACAUGGUCUCUGUAUGUGCUGGACUGGUAACGGUCGAUGAAAACAAUGGCAUUAUCCGGCUGGUUCAUUACACAACGCAAGAAUAUCUUGAGGGAACACGGUCGCGAUGGAAUCCGAACGCAGAAUUGGCGAUCACGACAACCUGCGUUACCUACCUCUCAUUCACCGUCUUUGAGACCGGGUUCUGCACAACGAACCGUAAGCUUAAGGAGCGGUUGCAGUCAAACCCGCUCUACGAUUACGCCGCGCGCAACUGGGGGCAUCAUGCACACAAGGCUGCAACAUCGAGUCAAGUGGUUAUUCACUUUCUUGAGAGUAAAGCUAAGGUCGAAGCAUCAAGUCAGGCGUUGAUGGCCACCAACUGGAGCCGAUCAUACCCAAUAGGCAGUCAACAUGUUCCAAGGAAUAUGACGGGACUACAUUUAUCAGGAUACUUCGGAGUCAUCGAGGCCGCAGAUGAACUCCUCAGGAGUAGACCCGGUCCAGAUCUGAAAGAUACCUGCAGAAGAACGCCGCUGUGGUAUGCUGCCCAAAACGGGCACGAGGCCGUUGUUAAGAAGCUGCUCGCAGCAGGAGCCGACGUUAAUACUGCUGCUGCUUCUUUUGAUGGCCGGACGGCGCUCCAAGCGGCAGCUGGACGAGGCCAUCUUAAGGUGAUCGAGAAGCUACUCGCAGCGGGAGCCGACGUUAAUGCUGUUGCUGCUACUUCUGGUCGCUGGACGGCGCUCCAAGCAGUAGUUGCUACUUCUGGUAGCUGGACGGCGCUCCAAGCAGCAGCUAGAGGAGGCCAUCUCGAGGUGGUCGAGAAGUUGCUUGUAGCGGGAGCCGACAUUAAUGCUGCUGCUGCUACUUCUAUUGAUGGCCGGACGGCGCUCCAAGCAGCAGCUGAAGGAGGCUAUCUUAAGGUAGUCGAGAAGCUGCUCGUAGCGGGAGCCGACGUUAAUACUGCUAAUUCUUCUAAUGGCCGGACGGCGCUCGAAGCAGCAGCUGGAGGAGGCCAUCUCGAGGUGGUCGAGAAGCUACUCGCAGCGGGAGCCGACGUUAAUAUUAUUGCUGCUACUUCUGGUCGCUGGACGGCGCUCCAAGCAGCAGCUAAAGGAGGCCAUCUCGAGGUGGUCGAGAAGCUACUCGCAGCGGGAGCCGACGUUAAUGCUGCUGCUGCUACUAUUGAUGGCCGGACGGCGCUCCAAGCAGCAGCUAGAAGAGGCCAUCUCGAGGUGGUCGAGAAGCUGCUCGUAGCGGGAGCCGACGUUAAUACUGCUGCAUUGUUCUAA